AUGUCAAAUAGGAUUGGACCAGUAGCGAAGAAACUGAAGAAUGACAAGACGUUAGAACGAGGACAGUGGGAUGAGAAAGUAGGAGACGAUGAAAAUGUGUGUGUCGUAAAAUGGAUAGACACAAAGGCCGUAACAAUGUUGUCUACAUGUUCAGGGAGCGCUCCUGCAGAUACCUGCAAACGGUGGUGCAUAAAAGAAAAGCGGAAGAUAGACGUAGCCCGGCCAGAAGCAGUCAGAAAUUACAACACCAGCAUGGGUAGAAUAGAUUUGUGCGACAGACUAAUUGCUUACUAUCGAAGUGCAACGCGAACAAGAAAGUGGACAGUAAGAACUUUUUGCCAUUUUCUGGAUUUGGUUGUCGUCAAUUGCUGGAUAAUGUACACCCGCUGUUGCACCGAAGAAAAUGUCCAACGCAAAGACAUGUUGGGCUUACUUCAAUACAGACUGAAUCUAGUCAAAGCGAUGAUGAAGUACAGCGGCGGAAAGGUUGAACCCAACUUCUUGAUUCCUGGCUCCAUAUUUUGUCCCAGCACCAGCCCUUCGACAAGAUCCAGCUUGACUGCUGCCAGCGAAGGACUACAGUGUACCGAUGACCCACCUACAAAAAAACAUCGGCUGGUUGUACCCCAACCACAACUUGAAAUAAGGCUGAACAGUGUGGAUCAUCUGCCACGAUUUGUGGACAGCAAGUCCGCUUCAAAAUGCCGUCAUCCGACGUGCUCCUCACGCAGCCGCACCAUGUGUGUGAAAUGCAAUAUGUACAUAUAUGUGCUCAAAAAUAAUUGUUUUGAGAGUUACCACACUAAUAAAAACUUUGGCCCACGUUAA